AGAAAAGCUUCAAUCACUUGUUCACUCACAUAACAUCAGAUAUAUAUCUUUCUACUGUGGUGUUGUGAUUAUUUAAUUCCAUAUAUUCUCUCUUUCUCUCUCUUUUCUUGAUUUGUGUUGUGAAACAGUUAAAAGUGGAGUUGAUGUCUGGGCCAUUGGAAGAGGUUCCUUCAAUGAAAGGAGGGUGCGAAGAAGGGUUGAACCUGAGGGCCACUGAGCUAAGGCUUGGGUUGCCAGGGCGUGAGUCACCUGAGAGGGAGGGCGUGUUUAAGACUGUGGUGGUGUCUGGGGCCAAGAGGGGCUUCUCUGAUGCCAUUGAUGGAGGUUCUGGAAACUGGAAUGGUGGAUCUGAAGUGGGUUUGGGAAAAGAUGUUGUCUUGUUCUCUCCGAGGGGAACUGUUAGUGCUGCCAAGUCUCUCACCCUCACUGCAACAGACUGCACCAACCAGCCAACUGUUUUGAGUGCUUCUGUUCUCAAAGAAACUGUUCCACACUCUCCAAAACCUCUGCAUGAGAAGAAACCUCAGAUUUCUGCUCCAGCUGCCAAGGCGCAAGUUGUGGGAUGGCCACCAAUCCGUUCAUUCAGGAAGAACUCAAUGGCUCAACCUCAGAAGAAUGAUGAUGCUGAGGCAGAAGGCAAGUCUGAAUGUCUUUAUGUUAAAGUCAGCAUGGAAGGUGCUCCAUACUUGAGGAAAGUGGAUCUUAAUAGUUUUGGCACUUACAAGGAACUCUCUUUGGCACUCGAAAAGAUGUUUAGUUGUUUUACAAUCAGUCAAUGUGGCUCUUAUGGGGUUUCUUCUAGUCCAGAAAAAUUAAGUGAAAGUAGAUUGAUGGACCUUCUUCAUGGUUCAGAAUAUGUUCUUACAUACGAAGACAAGGAUGGAGAUUGGAUGCUAGUUGGUGAUGUUCCUUGGGAGAUGUUCACUGAAUCUUGCAAGAGGCUGAGGAUAAUGAAGAGUUCUGAAGCAAUUGGGCUAGCACCUAGGGCGGUGGAAAAGUGCAAAAGUCGCAACUAAUGGAAUGGUGUAUGGUUUUGUGGUGUGAUCCUGAAGAAUGAAAGAUGAGAUUUAAGCAUAUAAUACCUUAUUUCUUAUGUAUAAUUUCUAUAUAGGAGAUUGGGGUGUCCUGAACUUUUUAUUGAUGACAACAUGUUAGUUUUUGUUGUAGCCGUCUAUAUCAUGUUGAUGUAGAGGUUUAAGGUUUUAGGUUGUUGUUCUCCCACACUUCAAUUAUGUAAAUUUUGUAGUAACUCCUUCCACUUUCUCUGUAGAGAGCUUUUGUUUGUCUUGCCAAAGUCACACUUUCUAUAUAUGCAUUUCACCACUCCUAUAUUGUAAAGUUAAACACUUUUUUUUAAUCGAUACUCUUUUUCCAAA